AAAGAAAUAAAGCAGAAACAACAAUGAGAUCUUUAUUUCUUGGGAAAAGAAGAUUCCAAAUUGAGGAUAGUGGAUACAACCGUGAAUGAACAUUUCACAAAUUCAUCAAUCAAUCCAAAAGAAAAGGAAAAAAAAAAAGGUGAAGCGUGAGUAGUGGGGGGGGGGGGAUGAAAAAUGAGAUAGAUACUUAACGUCUAAAGAUUUUAUCAGUAAUCACUGAAAAUGCUUUAACACAACAAUACAUCAUAAGGAUUGGCUUGCCCUCCUGUUCUUCAAUGGCUUUAUAUUCUCAUUUUCUGGUUUUUUAUCUUUUCUUUGUAUCUUCAGUUGUGUGCCAAGUUACAGAGUUCAUCAGUAUAGAUUGUGGAAGCACAAGUAACUAUACUGAUCCAAGAACAGGGCUAGAAUGGAUUUCAGACAAUGGAAUUAUGAACCAUGGCAAACCCGUAGAAGUAAAAAAUCCAGACGGAAAGUGGGUGCAGUAUCGGAGACGCAGAGACUUUCCUAUAGACAGCAAGAAGUACUGUUACAAUUUAAGCACCAAAGAGAGAAGAAGGUAUAUUGCUCGUGCAACAUUUCAGUAUGGCAGGUUAGAAAAUGAGGAUUCAUUCCCCAAAUUUGAACUCUAUUUGGAUGCAACUAAGUGGUCUACUGUGACAAUUUUGGAUGCUUCGAGAAUUUAUGUUGAGGAAAUGAUCAUCAGGGCUCCCUCGAGUUCUAUUGAUGUGUGCAUCUGCUGUGCUACAACUGGUUCUCCCUUCAUUUCCACUGUCGAGCUUCGGCCUCUGAACCUUUCAAUGUAUGCAACAGAUUAUGAGGAUAGUUUCUUCUUAAAAUUAGCAGCUAGAGUAAAUUUUGGUGCUCCAACUGAAGAUGCCUUAAGGUACCCAGAUGAUCCUUAUGAUAGAAUUUGGGACUCAGAUCUUGUUAAAAGGCAAAAUUUCCUCGUAGGGAUGGCCCCUGGCACAGUUGGAAUCAAUACAUCAAAGAAUAUAGAUAUUCAGACAAGAGAAUACCCUCCUGUCAAAGUAAUGCAAACAGCUGUUGUUGGCAAAGAAGGAACACUCAGCUAUAGAUUGAACCUCGAAGAUUUCCCCGCGAACGCCAGAGCAUAUGCAUAUUUUGCUGAAAUUGAAGACUUGGGAGCUAAUGAGACGCGGAAAUUCAAACUGAUAAUGCAUCCUGAUAUGCCUGACUAUAGCAAUGCAGUGGUAAAUAUUGCAGAAAAUGCCAAUGGGAGCUACAGACUUUAUGAACCCAGCUACAUGAAUGUGAGUCUAGAUUUUGUUCUGUCAUUUUCGUUUGUUAAGACUCGCGAUUCUACUCAAGGACCACUCCUAAAUGCAAUUGAGAUUAGUAAAUACCUGAAGAUCGAAUCGAAGACAGAAAGCCAAGAUGUGGCCGUUCUCAAUUUCCUUCGUUCCAUGUCUGUUGGAAGUUCUUGGACAAAUGAAGGAGGUGAUCCUUGUGUCCCAGCUCAGUGGGAAUGGGUGACUUGCUCCUCAACUUCACCACCAAGAAUCACAAAAAUUGCACUGUCAGGAAAAAAUUUGAAAGGGGAGAUCCCAUCUGAGAUUAACAACAUGGAGGAAUUAACUGAGUUGUGGUUGGAUGGAAACUCCCUCACAGGGCCGCUACCUGAUAUAAGCCAUCUUGUCAAAUUGAAAAUUGUGCAUCUAGAGAACAACAAACUAUCUGGUUCAUUACCUAAGUACCUGGUUAGUUUGCCAACCUUAAGAGAAUUAUACAUUCAAAACAACUCUUUUAGUGGGAAAAUACCUCAAGCACUGUUGACUGGGAAAGUAAUUUUUAGCUACGAAAAUAAUCCUGGACUGCAUAAAGAGACAGCAAAAAGGAUGCAUUUUAAGUUGAUACUUGGAACUUCAAUUAGCAUACUUGCAGUUCUGUUAGUUCUGUUGAUAGGAAGUCUAGUGCACCUGCGUAAUCUGCAAAAGAAGACAUCGCAUCAGAAAAGCAAUAACCAAGGUAUGCAUAACUCAGUUUUCUUGGGACUCAAACUCAGAUCUCACAAUCUCAAAGACAACUUUAAUACCAUUAAGCUAAAGCUCAUUGGAUGCAUAAACUCAGUUGUUUCUGCAUUUUCCUCAUUUUCGUUGUGUCAACCAGGUAGCUCUUUACGCACCGGUAUUAAACCUUCAACUGCUUACUCUAUUUCUCGGGGUUGGCAUCUCGUGGAUGAAGGUGCUUCGUACUAUAUUUCAUUCUCUGAGCUUGAAGAAGCUACCAAAAACUUUUCCAGGAAAAUUGGAAAAGGAAGUUUUGGGACUGUCUACUAUGGCCAAAUGAAAGAUGGAAAAGAAGUGGCAGUCAAGAUAAUGGCUGAUUCAUCUAGCCAUCUCACACAGCAGUUUGUGACUGAGGUUGCUCUCUUGUCAAGAAUUCAUCACAGGAACUUGGUUCCUUUAAUUGGAUUCUGCGAAGAAGAAAACCAACGAAUUCUGGUUUAUGAAUAUAUGCACAGUGGGACAUUGAGGGAUCACGUACAUGGUUCUGUCAACCAGAAACGCUUGGACUGGCUAACUCGAUUACAAAUUGCUGAAGAUGCUGCCAAGGGCCUUGAAUACUUGCAUACUGGAUGCAACCCCAGUAUUAUACACCGAGACGUAAAAACAAGCAACAUUCUCUUAGACAUCAAUAUGAGAGCAAAAGUGUCAGAUUUUGGACUUUCAAGGCAAGCUGAAGAUGAUCUAACCCAUAUAUCAAGUGUGGCAAGAGGGACAGUUGGUUACCUUGAUCCUGAAUAUUAUGCAAAUCAGCAAUUGACAGAAAAGAGUGAUGUCUACAGUUUUGGGGUUGUUCUCCUAGAACUUAUCACUGGAAAAAAACCUGUCUCAACAGAAGAUUUUGGUUCUGAAAUGAACAUUGUUCACUGGGCAAGAGCCUUGAUUCGUAAAGGAGAUGUGGUGAGCAUUGUGGAUCCUGUUCUAAUAGGGAAUGCAAAAAUCGAAUCAAUCUGGAGGAUUGCUGAAGUUGCAAUCCAAUGUGUUCAACAACGUGCAGUUUCCAGGCCAAAGAUGCAGGAAGUAAUUUUGGCAAUACAAGAAGGCACCAAGAUAGAGAAAGGAAGUGAUGGAGCCCAUAAACUUUCUGGCAGUGGGAGCUCCAAGGCACAAUCUUCAAGAAAAACAUUACUCACGAGUUUCCUUGAGAUUGAGAGCCCUCACUUAUCAAAUGAUUGCUUAGCCCCAGCUGCCAGAUAAUUUUUCUUCCAAGUCUUGGUUUAAAACUACUCAUAACUGUAACAAAUAGUCACCAUGUAAUCAUUUGUGUUGUUUGCUUGUGCCUGCAUUUGCCCAUACCAAAUAACGUAGAUAAGCACUUUGAACAAUUUUUCUUUGUAACUCUAAAAUUUUUAAAGGUAACAUGUAGCCAUCAGGAUUUAAACUUCUAAUCAUAUGUACUAGAAGAUAAUUAUUCUAUCAUUGAUCUACUAGUAUAUGUGAACGAAUUUGAUUGAGUUUAAA